AGCGCUGGUCUACUCGCCGGGAAGGCGGCGCCGGCGGCGGCUGCUCAAGCAGUUCCCACUCCCGCGCGCUGCGCUCCCGCCGCGGGUGGGCUCCUCAGCCCCUGGCUGGCCGUGGCCACUGUUGCACGGCGGCCUCUGCAUCCCACCUUCCCACUACGGCGCCCCGACACGUGCGAUCCUUCUUUGGGGUGUUCUCCGUUCCCACGCGCGGCUACCAAGCAGAGGGCACCCAACUUUGCCACCUUGCGGGUUGCCCUCGCUUGGUGCGAGCCUGCUCGCUCAGCUGCCCAACUGGAGACUCCGUGCGCCUUGCAGCCGAGCUGGUUGGUCCCCAGCCUGGCGCGCUGCGAGUGGCGGAUAGCUCUGGAGAAGUGGCGGGGUGCAGUGGCGUCUGCUGCCUCGACUUCCCUUGUAGCGCGCUGAAGAGGACCCCUGAGCCGCUCCGGGCCCCGGGGCGCUGGAUGAUUAGCAGGAGGAACGCGCCCCGUAUCUGGGCUGGUGUGAAUACUCGGCUUGGAUGCCCAUGUGGCUGUGCAGUUCAGUGUGAUUCAUGACGGAGGCCACACGGCUCUACCCUCUCUCUCCUCGGAAAAGAAUUGCCAGUGACAGCUGUACAUGCAUUCUGUGUACUUGUGGACUGUCACAGUGGUGGGACAAUGUUGCUGGUGCCCUGAUGCCCUGUAUCCUGGUGGCUACUAAACAGAUUUUAAGAGUUCAGCUUCAAGGUACCGUUCACACAUGAGGAGAAGGUGAGCUCCACAGAAGACACGUUCCCAGAGUCAGAGGCCCCUUGCCCACCAUGAAGGGAGCCUGCGUCCUUGCAUGGCUGUUCUCAAGCCUGGGAGUGUGGAGACUUGCUCGGCCUGAGACCCCGGACCCUGCCCAGUGCCAGAGAGCAGAGCACCCCAUCAUCUCCUACAAAGAAAUUGGCCCCUGGUUAUGCGAGUUCAGAGCAGAGAAUGCUGUGGAUUUCUCGAGGUUAACAUUUGACCCCGGACAGAAAGAACUUGUUGUCGGAACAAGAAACUAUCUCUUCCGAUUACAUCUUGAGGAUCUGUCUCUCAUCCAGGCUGUGGAGUGGGAGUGUGAUGAAGCUACCAAGAAGGCCUGUUACAGCAAGGGCAAAUCAAAGGAGGAAUGUCAGAACUACAUCCGUGUGCUCUUAGUGGGCGGGGACCGGCUGUUCACCUGUGGGACCAAUGCUUUCACACCUGUCUGCACCAUCCGCUCGUUAAGUAACCUGACUGAGAUCCAUGACCAGAUCAGUGGCAUGGCCCGCUGCCCCUACAGUCCCCAGCACAAUUCUACCGCUCUGCUCACAGCCAGUGGGGAGCUCUAUGCUGCAACAGCCAUGGAUUUCCCUGGGCGAGAUCCAGCCAUUUACCGAAGUCUGGGCAAUUUACCUCCUCUUCGAACUGCCCAGUACAACUCCAAAUGGCUCAAUGAACCAAACUUUGUGUCUUCCUACGACAUCGGAAAUUUCACCUACUUCUUCUUCCGAGAAAAUGCCGUGGAGCAUGAUUGUGGGAAGACAGUGUUCUCCAGGGCGGCCCGGGUCUGCAAGAACGACAUUGGAGGGCGGUUUCUUCUGGAGGAUACCUGGACCACCUUCAUGAAGGCUCGCCUCAACUGCUCCAGGCCUGGAGAGGUGCCCUUCUACUACAACGAGCUGCAGGGCACCUUUUUCCUGCCGGAGCUGGACCUCAUUUACGGCAUCUUCACCACCAACGUGAACAGCAUUGCUGCCUCUGCUGUAUGUGUCUUCAACCUGAGCGCCAUCUCACAGGCCUUCAAUGGACCCUUCAAGUACCAAGAGAACUCUCGUUCAGCCUGGCUGCCUUAUCCCAACCCCAACCCCAAUUUUCAGUGCGGCACCAUGGACCAGGGCCUGUAUGUAAACCUGACAGAGAGAAACCUACAAGAUGCUCAGAAGUUCAUUCUGAUGCAUGAGGUGGUGCAGCCAGUGACCACGGUGCCCGCCUUCAUGGAGGACAACAGCCGCUUCUCCCACAUGGCCGUGGACGUUGUGCAAGGCAGAGACACCCUUGUCCACAUCAUCUAUCUGGCCACAGAUUACGGUACCAUUAAGAAAGUGCGGGCCCCCCUGAGUCAGAGCUUGGGCAGCUGUUUGCUGGAAGAGAUUGAGCUUUUCCCAGAGAAGAGGAGAGAGCCCAUCAGGAGCCUACAGAUCCUCCACAGUCAGAGUGUCCUAUUUGUGGGGCUGCAAGAGCAUGUGGCCAAGAUCCCCCUGAAGAGGUGCCACUUUCAUCAAGCUCGCAGUGCCUGCAUUGGCGCUCAAGACCCCUACUGUGGCUGGGAUGUGGUGAUGAAGAAAUGUACAAGCCUGGAGGAGAGUCUGAGCAUGACACAGUGGGAGCAGAGCAUCUCUACCUGCCCGACCAGAAAUCUCACCGUGGAUGGGAGCUUUGGUCCGUGGUCUCCAUGGACACCUUGUACACAUACAGAUGGCACUGCCGUGGGAACCUGCCUCUGCCGGUUGCGCUCCUGUGACAGCCCAGCUCCACAGUGUGGUGGCUGGCAGUGUGAGGGCCCUAGAAUGGAGAUCACCAACUGCUCCAGGAACGGAGGCUGGACUCCCUGGACCUCCUGGUCGCCAUGCAGCACCUCCUGUGGCAUCGGCUUCCAGGUGCGGCAGCGCUCCUGCAGCAACCCCACGCCCAGGCACGGAGGCCGCGUAUGUGUGGGUCAGAACCGGGAGGAAAGGAAGUUCCAUCCUGCAUUGUACUGCAAUGAACAUUUGCUCUGCCCACCACACGUGUUCUGGACAGGCUGGGGACCUUGGGAACGGUGCACGGCCCAGUGUGGGGGUGGCAUUCAAGCCCGCCGUAGGACCUGUGAAAAUGGGCCUGACUGUGCAGGAUGCAAUGUGGAAUACCAGCCAUGUAACACCAACGCAUGCCCAGAGCUGAAGAAGACCACACCGUGGACGCCCUGGACACCUGUCAACAUCUCCGACAACGGUGGCCACUAUGAGCAGCGUUUCCGAUACACCUGUAAAGCUCGCCUGCCGGAUCCAAAUUUGCUGGAAGUGGGGAGGCAGAGGAUCGAGAUGCGGUAUUGUUCCAGCGAUGGAACCAGUGGAUGCUCCACAGAUGGCCUUUCUGGAGACUUUCUACGAGCUGGGAGAUACUCUGCCCAUACAGUCAAUGGGGCAUGGUCAGCCUGGACGUCCUGGUCACAGUGCAGCAGGGACUGCAGCAGGGGCAUUCGGAACCGGAAGCGUGUUUGCAACAACCCAGAACCCAAAUAUGGUGGCAUGCCAUGCCUUGGUCCAUCCCUGGAGUUCCAGGAAUGCAACAUUUUACCCUGCCCAGUGGACGGUGUGUGGUCUUGCUGGUCAUCUUGGUCUAAAUGCUCCGCAACCUGCGGAGGUGGACACUACAUGAGAACCCGCUCAUGUACUAACCCAGCCCCAGCCUACGGAGGGGACAUCUGCCUGGGACUGCACACUGAGGAGGCACUCUGCAACACACAGACCUGCCCAGAGAGCUGGUCAGAGUGGUCCAACUGGUCUGUGUGCGAUGCAUCUGGCACCCAGGUCCGUGCUCGUCAGUGUAUCCUUCUAUUUCCUGUUGGUAGCCAGUGCUCCGGAAAUACCACAGAGAGCCGGCCAUGUGUGAUUGACUCUAAUUUCAUCCCAGAAGUGUCUGUGGCAAGAUCCAGCAGCGUAGAAGAGAAAAGGUGUGGAGAAUUCAACAUGUUCCACAUGAUGGCCGUGGGGCUCAGCAGCUCCAUCCUCGGCUGCCUCCUUACCCUGCUUGUCUACACCUACUGCCAGCGUUACCAGCAGCAGUCCCAUGACGCAACUGUCAUCCACCCCGUCUCUCCUGCUGCUCUCAACAGCAGCAUCACUAACCACAUCAACAAACUGGACAAGUAUGACUCUGUGGAAGCCAUCAAGGCAUUUAACAAGAACAACUUGAUCCUAGAGGAGAGAAACAAAUACUUCAACCCUCAUCUCACUGGGAAGACCUAUUCCAACGCCUACUUUACAGAUCUCAACAAUUAUGAUGAAUACUAGCAGCUAUUAUGCUUUUGGCUCCUUGUAAACUCUCUGCUCCUCAAAGCUGUGCUCCAUGACUGCCCAUAUUUCUGAGGCUUCAGAGGCUAUGUGUAGAUUCAUUUCAAGUGCAUCUCAAGCCAGGACUUUCCCAUUGCUAUAAAAAAAAAAAAGUGCACACCCUUAAACACCUAAGUGUGCUGUUGUGAAAAUCUGGUCUGUUGCAAACAUUUGAUUGUGGCAAAGUGAGCCAUGGUAUGAAGUUUUGUAUUGUAUUCAUCUCAAACUCUAUCUGGUCUAUUGUUUUCAUGAGUUUUAUUUCAUAAAUGUGCCAACCAUGUUAAAAAGUGUCUUCAAAAAUGUAGCAUAUUCAUGCUUUUGAGUAUAGAGUAUCAUGAUGUUUUAAUUUGCAAACCAAAACAAAAUAAGACAAACAAACAAAAAAUAAACCAGGCACUUUAUUUGAGAGACCCCUCUCCCAUCCCACAGGGUCCACAGUUAUUCAUAGAGCAAAGAUAUGACUCCAGCCACCUCUUCCAGUCUGGGUGGCUCGGUGGGAAACAGCUUGUUUGCACUUGGAGCGAUUCCUGCCCAGGAAAGCCCAAGGAUUCCACCUACCUUGGACCUGCCUAGUCCUGGUACUCUGAGACCUUCUGCUAUAGUCUGGGCAAUGGCUGUCAUCACUGUUCGGUGAACACAUGAAACAGAGAACAGACAGUGAGACACACAGCAGCGAUUUUGCAGCUUGCAGUGAAACUGGCCUUACUCUGACUUUCGGAUUCCAUUGCAUCCCAGGGAGCUCCGUGCCAUGCCGUGGGCUUGAAGGCCAUUUGCCUGGGUAGUAGCAAUGUGCCGAAGAGCCACUCUUAGCAUUUGGGUAGACUACAUACCCCUUCCUCCCUCCCUGCAGAAAAAAAAUCUUCAACAUUUAUGAUGCCAAUUAUGGAAAAUAUUGAAAGUACCAAACUGUCAUUGAAAGCUACUUUUUAAAAUUUUUUGUGUUAUGCAAUGUUGAAUGAACUGAUGUAACUGAAAGCUCCUUUUUUAUUUUCAUUUGUGUGUGAGUGUAUGUGUGUGUGUGUUGGCUGAACUGAUGUUUAAUGGCAAGCUUUUAUUUUUCUUUUUUUUUUUGUAUUCAGCAUCUUUGAUGUAGCUAACGUGGAUGAUGUGCAGCAACGGGCCCCUAUCUAGAGCAUUAAAGGUGUGUAAAGCUAUCCCUCUGGAGCUCAGCGCAGGCACACUGCGGGGAUAGUUCCAAUACCACGGUCCUGUUUGUCCCCUGUUGCCCCAGGCCAGAGGAGCGAGAGGCCCUGGUAUCUUUACCUGGUGCUGCCUUCCUGUGGAGCCUUCUGCUCCAAGGCAGCAGCAGUCGAGGGGAACCCUGAGAGGUAAUGGGCUAGGUCAAGGCUGUAGUGAUCCCUCUGCUCUCUGCUGUGGCGGUUGAGUGUUCUGAGGUCACUCUUGAGCUCCUCACAGGAGUAAAGGAGACUCAUUAACACCUGAUACAGAGUAUGUAGGAACUGAUUUAAUGCUUUUUAAAGGCAAAGACAAAACAGUUUGUCUCUAUCACUGGCAGCUAUGAUAAAGACCUGAGUAGGCAUUCAUAUGUGUUCUUUGGGAUAAAUAACUUUCACGCCUAUGCAAAUGUAUAGCAUGGGGAGUUGAAGAUCACAGGGUUUUAAUAUUGAGUUUAUGUUUUUCCUUACCAGAUAUAAAGAAGCAAUCUCAGAAAAUGUUCCCCCAAAUCCUCCGAUUAAUCACAAACUGUUCUCCUAUAAACAUACUUUUCAGACAUAUUCUGUGUUAAAAUUGAAAUUAAAACAGCAGAUGGGCUCUGGGAGAUGUGUCAGAUCGUGAGGAAAUGGCAUCUGGGAAUAUCCCAGUGAGACAUCAGGUGGCAUUUCACACACUUCUACAGUGUAGCCUCCAUUGCACACGCACUUCUCAAACCCACACUCAACAGAAAGAGUGUUUCACAUGAUUUAUUCAUUGUUCCCUGGGUGGAUUUUUAUUGGGUGCCUCAAUUCAUCUCAUUACUUUCUUUUAAGAAAAGAAUUAAUCCUCCUUGAGCAGCACUAAAUUUUCUUGUUUUAAAAAUAAUCUUGCUUCUUGACUGUUUCCCUAACUUAAAAGGACAUUUUCUUUCCCCUGGGAAGAAGGGUGAAAUAUUUCAGAACUUGAUAGGAAAUACUUUCUAAGUGACCUCCAGUCUUACCUUUAUCAGACUGUAACCCCACCCUAGAGUUUUCAUAGUCAAAAUAAGACAGUUUUCUGACAUUAGUUUUGCUUUUUAAAAGCCUCAUUUUAGGUUCUCUGCUUCUCUACUCAAAUUUACACACACACACAACCACCAGGCCUUUGCUCUUAUUUAGCCAAACAACUGGAAAAAUUGCUUAGAAUGCUAUGUGUAUGUAUUCUGGUUUCACUACUUUUUUUCUGGAGGCAUACUGUUGUUGCUCCUGCUGUCUUGCCUACCACUCUCUAGAUAUCUCAUUAGCACAUCUCCUCCACUCCUCCCCUCUCUCCCUCUCUUUCUUACACACACACACACACACACACACACACACACACACACACACCUCUGUGGUAUGAAAAGGAUCUACCAUCCACUUUGGAACAUCUUUUUCAGAGUGGAUCUGCUCUACCUGUGGACUAUCAGUUUGGGUUAGACUGCAAUGCAUGGGUCAUGUUUUAAAUUCCAGACUGCUGUUUUCAUUUCCUUCCUUCCCUAUACUUCUUCCUUCCUUCCUUCUAGCCCUUCUCCCUGUCCUUUAUUCUUUCUUUCCCUCUAUUCUUUCUUUCCUUUUCCCCUUUGAUUCAAAGAACACACAGAGGAAUUACUAUUGUUAAGCUACAUCUGGAUAAACCUGUUGUCAAAUGACAUUGAUCAGCUUAUUUUCUAGAGUUGAGGUUCAAGCUUGGCUGGUUUUCAUUAAGAAACUGGCUUUAUUCACACACUGACAUCCAUUGGAAGUUGAUCCCGAUGUUGUUUGUGGCCCUCUCGCUGAUCAGACCCUCAUCAAUCCUGCUAUGUGCUGACAUUCUGCAGAAAGAAUAGAAUCUUUGCACAGGUCACAGCCUGAGAUGCUUUCAAAUGCCCUAGGGCUUUUUUUUUUUUUUGAGCUCUGAGCUCUGUCACCACCGACUAAUGCUAACUUGGUGAGUCCAAAGGAACGCUGGGACAUUGGGUGAAGCUCUGCUUCACACACACACACACACACACACACACACACACACACACACACAGCCUGUUAUCAUAGUUCUAUAUGUUCUCUUCAGAACUUGCCAAGGCAAGCUAGGCAUCUUUAUGCCUCUGCCCCUUAAAGCUUAGUAAUGGUACCUAAACAUCCUGGUCCUAUUGGAUACAUCAAAAUGAAUAUUAAAGUAGAUUUUACCUAGAAUUAACAUGGAUCUUGAAGGAAGAGAAGAGGGUUUCUUGUGUACAUGGUAGAGUGACAGAGACACUAAAGGGAUUGAAAAGAAGCUAUAAACAGUGAAUGAUUGUGAAGACAUCUUCCAUAGAGAUGCCUCUGCCACUAGGAAGGACCAAUCCACAUUAUUUGAUACAGAUCCAGUUCACUCUAGGUAACACUGAAGAGAAAGAGACAAAUGUGGGAUGUGACAUGGGAAGGUGAGGGUCAUGCUACUCUCUACUCAGUGUUCUGCAUGGUCCCUAGCAAGGGUCUGGCAAACAACCAAGUUCUGAGGUUCUGACAUUUGGAUAUUUCCAUAAUCAAAUGUCCCAAGUUCACGAGUCUUAAGCAAAGGAAUCAUUAUCUCUUUACUUAUCUACAGAGGCAUGAAAAUCACCAGUGCUGACUGACACUUGUAUCAGCAAAUCUUCCACCUGAAUCUUUGAUAGACUCAGGUCUUGCCUUCGAUACGGUCAGCAAUUUCUCAUCAAGGAGAUUAUACCUAAGGGCUAUGUGAUUGUGUGCUUGAAUAGCUCAAGAGAUGUUAUCUUAAAGAUGAUUCAGGUUUGCUCUGUGUCAUUUUGUCUAAAUACAGCCUACUAGUAUUUGAAGUUGCAUGCAUCCACAUGCUUCUUUUCUGAAUUUUCUUGCUUUUAGAAUAAACCACAAAUAUUUCCCCAACAGGUCAAGCUAAAUUCCUCAUCAAUUUUCCUCCAAUUUUUCAACUUUCUUAACUUUGAUGUACCCUAGACUCUUUAGUAGGUCAUUGAUGCUUUAAAUCACACUUUACAGUCCACUAAGUUCAGCAUUACUGUCUCAAAAAACAGUUUGGGAGCUCCAACUAGAAAGACCAGAUGCCAUGUACCAGUGGGCGAUACAGUGAACCAUGUCAGUGUUAGAUUGAUCUCAGGUUAUAUCUGAGUCUCCUUGCUCAAAAACUCAGUUUCCACAGAGGUUUCACAACAGUAACCUUAGAUCAGCUCUUUUGCAAACUGUCUGCUGUUUUUUUAGAGUCUAAAGAUGGUAUUGGACAUGCCCAGUUCAUCCAUUCAUUCCUACACCUUUGCUACUUCCGGGAGCACCUAUCUACAGGCUUCUAUUGAUACAUUAUUGCCAAUAUUUCAAAACCUGUUGUUACCCAUGGAUAUUUAAUAUUAUCUAUUAUCAGCUACUAAACAAUACUUUGAGUACUCAGCUUCUUUGAGAAAUGCAUAUGAAAUGGGGAAAGCCAAGCUAAUGUUCUUGUUGACCUAAGAGAUGCAUCACUGUGUGGGAGAUUAAUGUCCAGACCGCGAGAUCGUUUAUCUCUCCAGCUUAUCUUUUCAGUCGUUAUCAUUAAUUAAAAUGACAUAAGGACAUUUCCCAGCUCUAUAAAUAUUAAGCCAAAACCUUCAGGUAGUUUCUCUGGAUAAUUUCAUGAAAAGAAGGAAAUGUGUUGCUUUCUAGUUUGCUACUGUUCCCUUUGGGAAACUGAAGCCCUGUGGAUAGUAUACAAUGUUGAACUAUUGACAGAAGUUGCAAAAGUCACUCUUCUUGUGGGUUUCCAUUAAAGUUGCAUUCACAUCAUAAAGUUGGAUUAUCAGUAAUUUGAUACAUGUUGCUGAAGCAUCAGAGAUGGAGACCUGUCUCUUAAAAUAUUUCAGACUGUAAAGAAUGUGCAGCCUCUUUGGAUGCCAAACUCAGAGACUGAUACAAAUGGUAUAGUUCAUAAUGGAAGCCUAGCCCCAAACAUGAUCUCUUUGAAAGAUGAUGUUCUGCCAUUUAAGCUUAUUAUCCAUGAACAGAGCCUAUAUUAACUCUGUCCGCAAGCAGACAUGUUUUACUGGAGAGACACUUACAGGUAACUAAACUAGUCUUGGGGUCAGAAGAGAAAUGCAGUAAUGGAAAUUACUAAAAUAUAAAUCAGGCAGGAUAAUCUCCACCCCUUCAGAACCUGAGACCAGUAUGUCAGCCAUAAUCAUCAUCUUCCCCUGCUUUGUUUCUUGGUAAUGUAAUACCCAAUGGUUUCAAUGUUAGAUAAAUACAAGCAUUACAAAAAGCCUAGGCUCUGAUAAACAGAAACUGUUCUUCCAUCCAUCAAAACAAGAAAGGAGGCUUACUAUCUGCAGAAGACAUUGGCUUUCCUGUACAAAGUUGCUAGUGCCUUUUAUAUGCUAUGUGCCGUUGUUCCUCCUGUUUAUUGAUUGUUCCAAUUAGAAGCCAAGUGUCAGUUGAAAACACUUUGAGGAAAAUACGAUUGUGCGUCUCUUUGAACUCAGGAACAGAAAACUCAUGUUCGAGUGUGGUUUUGCUCUCAGAGUAGGGUCAAGGGUGUGCUGUAUCCAGAUGAGGUGACCUACUCCAGCCUGCAAGAAACUGAGAUUGCUUUAGUUUUUACAUGUUCAUGGAAAUGUGCUAGAUAGAUCCUGUCCUGCAGUAGGAGAGAACACUUGGUAUCUGCAGAAGUCAAGGUGUGUUUCUUUUGUUCAUCAAGUACAAGAGAAACAUGCAGGCUACUAACAGUGACACAGAGUGUGGAAUGAGAAUCACCUAGAAAAUUAUGUGUGUUGUUUUGUCCUAUUUUAAAACCAAUAUUAGAACUGCUCAACAAGUUCAUAAAAUUGUUACUUUUUACUUGGGUUUAAAACAUUAGCAGUGUCUUCUACACUGAAGUUGACCCGCUGAUCACUUACACUGCGACUGUGGCCUAAAAUCAGCUUGAAGAUCUGGCUUAGAAGCAUCCACAGCAGAAGCCUCCAACCACUGAAUCACCAUGAUGCUCACCUCAUCUGUUAAUAAGACACACCAGCUUGUCCCAGUGUAAGAUUCUGCAAAGCCUGUGACCAAAUCAUGCUACCUGACUUGGUUUAGCUUCACACCUGCUCUGCCUCCUAGUCUGUUUUGUGUUAGAAAUAACACUGCUUAGGAUUGCUCAUUCGUUGAAAUAGGCCAACUUCAGCCCUUGGUAAAGUUAGACUGUUACUGAUCUUAAAAUUAAAACUUCAAAGGCAAUAUAUAUUAGUUACUACAAAGUUGUUUCAAAGGGAAAUAGCUCUGCAUUUCCCCAUCACUUACCUGUGAAAACAGUUACUUGCUUCUGUGCGGAAAUGCUUCUGGCUGGUGGGUAUUUUUCUCCCUGAAACACUGCACAACCCACACAAUUCAGUCCUUAUGGUUGGCCAUCAGUAUUUCCCCUGAACUCUCACUAGACACAUGCAUUGGUAGUUUUCCUGCAGUCAUCAUCUUUCUGUUUUUAUAUUAACCCACUGGUUUUAUGUUCUCCCUGAGAGCUGGCUAGGCCCUUGCCUCAGAUUGUACUUAAUGAUACCUGGCAGAUAAUCUUGUUUUCAGCAACCAGUUUAAGACCCUGAUUGUGUCAACCCAGGCAGGGAACUCACUCUGUCUUUCAUGGAACCAAUUAUGCAAGUUCAAAACAGGGGUGGGCAGGGGCACUGCCCAACGAAUCAACUGAAACCAGCUCACACCUGUCUAAGCAAACACAUUAAUAAAGUGAAACAUGCAGUUAUUACAACAGUGGAAAUGUCAGCUUCUAUCACUGCCCUUGGUGCAUUCCCAGUAUAUGUGUCUCUGCCUUCUUUGUCUCUUUUAACAAUGAAGUCACAAAAUGGUCCUGCAUUUUGCCAAGAGCACUACUCCCUUCCUAAAACUCCCCAUCUCACUCAUCAUCUCUCUGCCAACAUUUUGUGGAAACUAAAAGAAUCCUAUGUUUAUGUACAGAUAAAUUGUAUUAUAUUUUUUGUACUUAAUGUUUUGUGUAAAUAGCUUGCCUUGUUCAGUUGUAUGUGAGUAUUAAAAUAAAUCCUACCAUUUAGGAAACAA